CUUAAAUUAAAAAGAGAAUUCUUAUAAAACUCUUAUAGUUGCACAUAGAUAACAGAACGUGAAGGUGGUGAAACAAACGCUUAAGAGUAAUUUUCAAAUGAUUUAUCAUAGGCCGUAAAAUAGAUUCUCUAACGACUUGAAUAUUUGAAAGGUGAACCACUUCAAGAUGUUUUCUGGGGCAAAGACAGAUGAGGGUCGAAAUGUAUUUUAACAUAUACAGUAUAGUGGUUUAUUUUGUGCAAUAUUGGGAGGUAGGCUGACGUAAAUCUCUUUUUCAUUUCAAUUUGUUAUAAAGUACUUAAAACAUUGAAUUUUAUCUUGUAUUAGAACGACUUUUUAAUCAUCAACUAUAUUCCCUUUGCGGUGCAUCUGCUCUAUUGUUGGCCCCUAAUACCGUCCUCAAUAAAGUGAGAUUGUAAUGCGAUGAUAAAUAUUGCUUCUAUUAGGAAAAUAUUUGCAUUAAUCAUUCUAUGCUGACUAUUGUCCGGCAGAUGAAAGGGAAGCCGUCGCUUAAAAUUCUCAUUUAAGCCGUUUAAUGGCGCUUGAAUGCAGUUUUUGAAUGGGUCAAAUGGUCGUUCAGUAAACGAGUUAGUUCUUUUCCUAUUCAAAUUUUUAUAAAAAAAGUUGACAAUUUGUACAUCUAUAUAAUUAUAUAUAAUUAAAAGACGUAAAAGACAACAAAUGAUAAAGGAAAGAUAAGGGAGACAAUAGAAUUUUUAAGUAGUUCUUUUUAUGGUAUAGGCUUUUUUUUAUUAUAUUUAAAAAGGCAGAAGGUAAAAAAUAUAUUCCUUUAUCUUUAAAAAAAUAGUUUGUUCCAAGUUGGCAGCAAUUGAUAGCAAAAAAAGAAGAAAAGGAUAUGAAAGUGUUAAAUCAGUCAUUACUGAAAUUAAAAAGGCAUUGAUGGUUAUUUUUUUUUAGAAGCUUUUCGGCGCCAGUAUAAAUCAUUAUGCAAAUUAUUACAUGUGAACGCUGAUUGGUUCCUUUAUUCUCCAAUGGCCAGAUUUAAAGGCAAAGAGUUUUAUUACAAUUUUAUAAACGUGAGCAGAGUGACAAGGCUGGUUUUGCCUUUUUUUUAUUGUUUUUUAGUAAUGCCUUGAGGAGCAUAUCAUAAAAUUUCUAAAUAUUAUAUACGAAUGUAUAUAUAUAUUAAUAUACAUAUAUAUACAUAUAUAUGUAUAUACAUAUAUACAGAUGUAUAUAUUGUUUAUUUAUAUGGGAAACUAUUGUCGGAUACUGCAAAGUCUACUUUUGUUAUCGACCGUCGUUUUAUUAUCGGAGUGUUGUUUGCAUGGAAAGAACUACUACGAAAGACGCAAAUGGAAGAAAUUAAUGCCCCUCGUUAUUAAACAACACGUACCAAACUACCCGGAACAAUCGGUGGCCGCUAGUGGAAAGUUUUCCGGUAAAAUUAGACGUGAUAGUCCGAAAUUUAAUCAACUCGCCUAUGUGGACAAAAGUAGUGAUAUACUAUUUAAGGAUAACGAAGGAAGAAGAGAGAAUGUGUAAUAGAAAAUAAUAAGAGAGGAAAGAACAGGAUAGCAGCAACAGGAUGACAACAAACGCACCUUUCUUUUUUCUCUUUUUCUCUCCUUCUUCUUCCACUUUUUCUCUGUAUUACGUUUUUUUUAUGUAGAUAAAACGAAAAAAGAGAGUAUUGUUUUACUCUCGAAAAAGAGCCAGAGGGCGAAUUUGAGUGUUUGAUUUCUAAUCGCGGUAAAAAUAUUCCCUGAUACAGAGAUGCAAAGACAAAUUAGUCAGCCUAUCCAUAAUGGUGGCUAACGAAUGGGAAGGCGUCCGGCUGAGGGUUAUAGAGGCCUUCGACGAAGACAACCAGCACGAAGAAGAUUCAUUACACUACGAGGGGCGAGCGGUCGAUUUAACAACGUCUGAUAGAGACCGUUCGAAAUACGGAAUGCUGGCAAGAUUAGCCGUACUAUCAGGUUUCGAUUGGGUCUAUUAUGAAUCAAGAUAUCAUAUUCAUUGCUCCUGUAAGCCUGAUUCGGCAGCAUCGUUAACAUCAUUUGGAUGCUUUCCACCAACUUCAACAGUACUAACGGCAUCUGGACGACAAAAGCAGAUUGGAAAGUUGGCGAGGGGUGACAUCUUAUUAACUCUAAGUUCAGAUGGCCAUUUAAUCGAAACCAGAUUCCUGACUUAUCUGCACUAUAACGCUAAUUCUACCACAGUUUACAAGGAAAUUGGAUUAGAAGACGGUUGGAAAAUAUCGUUAACGGAAAAUCAUUUAAUCUAUACGGUCGAAAAAGGUGCCAUUUUUGCAAGAGACGUUACUAUUGGUGAUAAGUUAUUCACGUUUAAUGGAACACGAAGAGUAGUUUCGAUAACUUUUCGAUUGAUCAACGGAUAUAGUGCACCAUUAACCGGGGAUGGUAGCCUAAUAGUGGAUGGUUUUUGGUCGUCAUGCUACGCUGAAAUAUCUAGCCAUAGUCUUGCUCACGCUGCUAUGACACCAGUUAGAUUAAUACCCGCUCUAGAUUUCUACAUUGAUAUCUAUAUUCGUUUAUUGACUAAGAUCGCAACCUUUUUCCUUCCCACUUCCAGCUUUUUUAGGUAAUUAAUGGUGGCAACUGCAAAAGCCUCACUCUGCUAUAAGUAAAAAAUACACAAAAUGUAUGAAUAUUUAUAAAUUUUACCAUGUAUAUAUUAGAAUUAAUCAAAAAGGAAUGUUUAAAUUAAUAAGUGACAUAUGUAUUCUUUUUUUUAUAGCCAAAACAUAUGAAAUAUAUAUAUAUAUUAGUAUAUACGGUAUAUAUGUAUAUUUAUAUAUUAUAUGUAUAUGUGAUCUGAUGGCUUUUUACCUGUAUGCAAUACAAGUUAUUUUUGUACUUUAAUCGUAUAGAGGAAGCAUGUGCAUGCAUGGAUUAAAUGUAUCUUGCUGUGGAUACUGUAGACUAUUACAAAGAUGUUUUGUAAUAUAUGUAUAUAAAUAUAUAUAUAUAUAUAUAUAUAUAUAUA